UUGAAGUGAAUGAGCAGCUGUGUGUGAACACUACAACAGUACAACAGGGCCUUACAGCCGGAGCUGCUGUCCGAGCAACGAUGGGACGAAUAUAACGAGCCUUCUCUGCAUGUUAUUAACAGGGCGAGGUCAUUGAGAAAAAAAUGGAGGGAAGAAAUUUUGGCUACUCCCGAGACUAUCUUGACCGCUUCAUCCAAAGUCAAGACGCAUCUGUGGUGAACAAGUUCCAGCAGAAGUACUGGAAAACCAAACAGACGCUCAUCAAGGUCACCGGGAAGAAAGAGGACGAACAUGUGGUGGCGUCAGAUGCAGAUCUGGAUGGCAAGCUGGAGGUCUUCCACUCCAUCCAGAGAACAUGCAUGGAGCUGCUAAAGGUCAUCGAGCAGUACCAGAGGAGGAUCUGCCUCCUUUCCCAAGAGGAGAAUGAGCUGGGUCGUUUCCUGCGCACCCAGGGUUCACACGACAAAACCAGGGCUGGAAAGAUCAUGCAGGCCACUGGAAAAGCCCUCUGCUUCUCCUCCCAACAGAGAUUGGCUCUGAGGAAACCUCUGUGCCGUUUGUACCAGGAGGUCGAAACGUUUCGCUAUCGGGCUAUUUCAGACACGUGGUUGACGGUGAAUCGAAUGGAGCAGUCCAGGACCGAAUACCGGGGCGCGCUGCUCUGGAUGAAGGAUGUAUCUCAGGAACUGGAUCCAGAUACUCAAAAACAGAUGGAGAAAUUCCGCAAGGUUCAAGCCCAGGUGCGCACUUCCAAAACAAGCUUUGACAAAUUGAAGAAUGAUGUCUGCCAGAAAGUGGACCUCCUGGGAGCCAGUCGCUGCAACCUCCUCUCUCACGUUUUAACAACAUACCAGACAACACUUUUACACUUCUGGGAGAAGACGUCCCACACUAUGGCAGCCAUUCACGAGAGCUUCAAGGGCUCUCAACAUUAUGAGUUCUCCACAAUUAAGACUUUACAAGACCCCAGCAAAAAGCUGGCUAAAAAGAAUGGAAAGAAGAAAAUCAAAACAGAGAUAGAAGAGAGACCAGAGACCACAGACGACCAACUCAUCUCACUAGUAAAUGAAAACACCAGCGAUAAGACCAAAGGGAAUGAAAAGCCUCUCUCUGCCUAUCCAGAGUUAGAGGGAGAGGAUAAGGACAGCAUGGCCUUACUGAAUGAGAUCCUGGGCAGUAUGUCGGUGGAUGAGGGAGACUUCUCUCGAGAGUGGACGGAAGUGUUUGGUGACACAGAGGAGGGAAUGAGUGCAGCAUCAGGUAGACCAGCAGAGGCCCAGCAAAAGGAGAAUUCCUUCUUUCUACCAUCUCAGCUGCUGGACCAGAGCUUGAAUAAUCUGCAGUCUUCCCUCUCAGAUUGGGCCGGGGUCAUUCCACAGCCCGUCGCCCAAGCAACACAGCACUCAUCUGGAGCCAAUCAGAAACCUUCUAAACCAGCAGUGAAAGAGACAACAGGAACGUCCAAAGACCUCUCAGCGUGGUUCAACCUGUUUGCUGACUUGGACCCCCUCUCCAAUCCUGAUGCAGUCGGCAAAACUGACACAGAACACGAACUUCACAACGCUUAGUUUCUUCCUCAGUAUCACGGUGAUCUUUAAAUGGGUACCUUUGUUCGUGGGCCACGGCAGGAUGUAGCUGCCACCGUGACCAGAGACAAAUCUGACCAGCCACACACACACUAAUGUCUUUUCUUUAAACUUCAACUAGAUACAGAGCUUAAACAAUUAUUCAGUUAGUCAAGUUAUUUCCAGUGGUGGAAGGAGUACUAAAAUUUUUUACUCAAGUAAAAGUACAGAAGUAUUAGCAUAAAAAUAUGCUUACACCCUUUCAGAAUAAUGUACAUUAUCGGAUUAUAAUUAUUGAUAGAUUAAUGUGUACAUCACUUCAAAAUUAGCCCCAUAUUUACCAGCUGCAACAUUAAUUA